UAAUUGCAGGAUUUGGCUCUGGAGUACCAGGAACAUUUUAGCGCAGCAGGAAUCUUAUGUUGGGACUGCAGAGCUUAACAGAUAGAUAGAGUUGAAAGCAAGUUUCGAAAAUGAUGAGUAACUGUGUUUCUUCUUCCCCUCACGUUCUUUCAAUUCCAACUCGUGUAAGAGAAAGCAAAAUAUCCACUUUGGUAUCAAUGUUAUUCCCUUCUUGUUCGCUGCCAUAUCUGCUUUUGCCUCCGACUCUCUUCAACUGCUUCUGCUCUUCGGCUCACUCUCUUCCAACCCCUUCUCAGAAAUGGGAACCGUUCCUCAAGAAAAAGGUUGUAAUGAGAGUUGGAUAUGUUGGAACAGAUUUUAGAGGCCUGCAGAUUCAACGGGAUGAACACACAUUAUCCACUAUUGAGAAAGAACUGGAAACUGCGAUUUUCACUGCUGGUGGCAUGCGUGAUAGUAAUUUUGGAGACUUAAACAAAGUGAAAUGGGGCCGGAGUAGCAGAACUGAUAAAGGAGUCCAUUCUCUAGCAACGAUGAUAUCCUUUAAGAUGGAAAUCCCUGAGAAUGCAUGGAAAGGUGAUGACUAUGGCAUUGCUCUAGCAAACCGCAUUAACACUUAUCUUCCUUACACUAUCAGAGUUUUUAGCAUUCUGCCUUCGACCAAGAGAUUUGAUCCUAGAAGGGAGUGCAAUUUGCGGAAAUACUCUUAUCUCCUUCCUGCUGAUAUAAUAGGAAUCCAGAGUCAUUUUAGCAAGGAUGAAAUUGAUUUUCAUAUUUCGGAGUUCAACAGCAUACUUAAUGUUUUCGAGGGAGAGCAUCCUUUCCAUAAUUAUACUGUUCGAUCUAAGUACAGGAAAAAAUACCAAGUAAGGCAAUUAUCUGGAAGUGAUGUCAUGUCAGACAGAUUAGGAUCAUCUAGUUUGGCAUCAGGUUGUGAAUCAGAGGGUGAGGACAGUGAUGAUUAUGAUUUUGAGGGCGGCAUUCCAACCACAUUAAGUGAUAAGGAAGAGAGCCACAAGCCUCCAGAGUCUAGUGAAUCCAAUGGCUUCAGUAGUCAAAAUUCUAAUGUUCUAGUUCGUGCAAGAUGGCUACACCAACCAGAUGAGAAAGAUAGAUUAAAUGCUUCCCAUUUCAGAAAUGUUUUUCGUUGUUCUUGUGGGAAGUUGGAAACAUCUCUGGGAUAUGAUUAUGUAGAGAUCCAUAUAUGGGGGGACUCCUUCAUGUUACAUCAAAUACGCAAGAUGGUUGGGACUGCGGUGGCUGUAAAGCGCAAGUUAAUUCCAAAAGAUAUCGUUCUGUUGUCACUCAACAAGUUUUCUCGGAUUGUCCUCCCACUUGCUCCACCGGAAGGUCUGAUUUUGAGGGGAAAUGCUUUCAAAAUGAGAUCAAGUGCUGGAAACUUUACACGGCAAGAAAUGGUGUCUAUGGUUGAAUCAGAACAAAUUCUCAAAGCAGUUGAUGAGUUCUACACUGGUGUUGUGUUGCCUGAAGUUUCAAAGUUCCUAGACUCAUCAAACUCUCCUUGGGCAAAAUGGGUCGAGAAUUUGGAAAACUAUUCAAGCAUUCCAGAUGGUGAGUUGGAUGAAGUCAGAAAGGCUUGGAAGACUUGGAAGGAAAAUUUCAGGCUAAAAUCAGCAUCCGACACAGUGCAUGUAGACAUGUUGAAUCAUGGCUAAAUGGACGACUCACAAGCCAAGUCAAUGCACCACUCCAUCGUUCUCAAGAAAGAUUCAUAAACCAAAUGAAGAGUUACUUGAUUGAGAGAAGGGUUGUUGAGAAAAGUAGUUACUUGGGAGCAACAGAGGGAUUGAUGAGAAGCAUAGCCAUGCAGAACAGACAUUGGAGAAACCACAAAAUUUUCAUGUUUGCGUUUUCGUGAGGAUGUGAAAAUGAAUGAAGACAACACCCAAAUGGCA